AGUUUCUCGGCUAGCCGACCCUCCUUCCCUCUUCUCGCAGCAGCAGCGCACAGCGAGGAGAAUUCGGGGACUCGGCCAGCUGUGAUUAUGGCGGGACCCACCUACCAAGCUUCACAGCCCAAUUGGCCUCCCACAGAACACGAAUUGCCUACUGGGCUCGGUUAGCAUGUGUGGGUGUUGCGCUCGAGCCCUCUCUCCCCUUCGUCACAUCGCUGCUGCUCGUUCAACGCUGCCGCCCCCGCUUCCGCUCCUCCCCCGGAUUUCCCAGCCGCUGCCAGGGUUCUGCAAGCCCUUUUUAAAACUUUGCACAACCCGGUUCGCCAUGUGGGCUGCAUCAACCGAUCGUGGUAUAUUUCAUUUCAGUUAAUUCCCUCGCCGCCUGCCCGCUGUGCUUCCGCAUCCCGUUCCCUGCUGCCCUUUGUGUCGGGAACCUUGGCUGCGACUGCGACCAUGAGCGCGCCUCAAUCAUGAGCAGCGACGACAGCGGAGCCGGCCAUGUCUACCAGAGCGACAAUGGAGAUGCCUCCAUCUUCUCUCAGACCCUCGUCGCCACCUGGGUGCUGACCGUCGCCGCCGGCGCAUUCCUCAUCGUCCGCCUGGCUUGCCGCCACCGUUUCUCGAAGUUGUGGUGGGAUGACCUCGUCCUCUCGAUAUCAUGGUGCAUCCUCCUGGUCGCCGCCGCCCUCCUCACCCGCACCAUCACCUCCGGCUACACCACCGACGAUGAGAAGCGCCGAUUCUUCCUCUACCAGAACACGUCCACCUCGAUGACCACCCUCGCCACGGCGUGGACCAAGGUCGCCUUCGCCAUCACGCUUUCUCGCAUCGUCCGGAACCGAGCCCUCCUCUACUUCCUCUGGUUCGUCAUCGUCACAGCAAACUUGAUCCUCAUCCCCGGCAUGCUGUCCAUCUGGAUUCCUGCUUGCGAGGACCCGCGCGCCAUCUUCCGACCGCAACACGCGAAGUGCUUCAACCUCAUCUACCUCCAAUACCUCGGCGGAACAACCAUUGUGUACGGCGGCGUAAUCGACGUCCUGCUGGCCUUGUUUCCCUGGUUUAUCAUCCGAAAACUGCUGCUCGAGACGCGAGAAAAGUGGGGUCUCACACUCGCCAUGAGCCUCGGCGCCAUCACCGGUACCAUCGUCAUCUUCCGCGCAUUUUACCAACUCAAAGAAAUCGACAAUAAUUACCAUUUUAUGGUCUUCAUGUCCAUCUUCAACUUCCUCGAACCGGGCGUCACCAUCAUUGCCCAGGCCAUCCCCAUGUUCCGCGUCCUUGUCGUCAACGUGAAGAGGGGCUCGAACGCCGUCCGCAUAAGCUCACCCACGGGAGCCCAGGGGAGCGGGAGUGGGUCAGCACCCAUCCGAAGCUGGAAUAGCAAACGACUUAACCCCCUAGAAGUCGAUGAAGAGUUGAUGCGCGUGCGCCUCGGCCCGGGUGGCCGCAUCGUUCACGUGUCAGGGCCGGAGGGUUCGGAUGACGAUCUGAAAAUUUAUGACGGCAGAAAAUAGCAAAAACACAAACAAUGAUACCAUUUUCCUUUUUUGUUCAAACACAAA